AUGGAAGCUGGCAAGAACAGCAAGAGCAGCCACCAUAGCCGCAGCAACAACAGCUGCAGUAACAGCUACAACUCCAACUGGGUUGAUGCGUAUUGUGGUUGUGGAGAAAAAGCCCCCUUGAGGACUUCAAAUACAUAUGCCAACCCUGGAAAGAAAUUCUUGGGGUGUAUCAACUACGAGAGGACUAGAUUAUGGUGGACACUUGCAAGAAAAAUCAAAGAGCUAAAAAAAAAGGAAGACAAGCUGGAGAAGCUGAAUGAAGUUAUGGAAAAGGACCUGGAAAAGAUGAUGAAGAAGAUGGACAAGCUAAUGCGAAUUAACAAUGAAUUGAAGAAGAAAAAUGAAGUGAUGUGGAAAUGCAAUGUGUUGGGCAUGAUAGUUAUAGGUGUACUUUUGGUAGUUUGGUUGGCUAAUUAG